GGAUACAAUUUAUCAAAAACAUAUGGACACGUGGCAAACAGGGGAACUGACACGUGCCCUACCAAACAGCACGUGACACAAGUAUUCCAGUUGGCAUCCUUACUUUCUUUGCUGGCCGACCUUAUCCCCUUUCACCACAAAUCAAACCCUAAAUUCUGUUCUGUUCAACAAUAAUCUUCAAACCCUUCAAUCCUCAUUAAUCAAUCACAAUUCACCAUUCCAGAAUCUUCGAAUCGAAUUGGAUUAUUGCGUAACAAGACUCUGUUUCGAUAAUUGAAAUGAUAUCGAAAUCGUAUGCGAAUCUGUUAGAUCUAGCAAAUGGGAAUUUUCCGGCAAUGGAGGAGCCUCGCCGGAAGGUGUUCCCCCGGACAAUGACGGUGGCCGGAGUUUUAUCAGAGAUUGAUGAUGAUCAAGCUCGUAGUGUGUCGUCAGAUGCUCUGUCUGCGGUAACCGCGGAUAGGUUGAUUGUUGUGGCGAAUCAGUUGCCGUUGAAAGCGACCCGGGUAACUGAUGAGAAGACCGGAGAAUUGUUGUGGGAUUUUAAAUGGGACGAGAGUUCGUUGUAUUGGCAUAUUAAGGAUGGGCUGCCGGACGAAAUGGAGGUUAUUUAUGUCGGUUCGUUAAAGGCGGAAAUCGACCCGAGUGAACAGGAUGAUGUUUCACAGAUGUUGUUAGAGAAGUUUAAAUGUGUGCCCGCGUUUCUCCCGCCAUCGAUUUUGGAUAAGUAUUAUCAUGGGUUUUGUAAGCAGUAUUUGUGGCCGUUGUUUCAUUACCGGCUGCCGUUUUCUGGGGGAAAUGGCGGUCGGUUUGAUCGAGGUUUAUGGGAAGCUUAUGUGUCUGCGAAUAAGAUAUUCGCGCAGAAGGUGAUAGAAGUGAUAAACCCUGAUGAUGAUUAUGUUUGGAUUCAUGAUUAUCAUUUAAUGGUGCUUCCGACGUUCUUGAGAAGACAUUUUAAUCGGCUGCGGAUGGGGUUUUUUCUGCAUAGCCCUUUCCCGUCGUCGGAAAUCUAUAGAACAGUGCCGGUGAGGGAGGAGAUCUUGAAGGCGCUUCUGAAUGCUGAUCUUGUUGGUUUUCACACUUUUGAUUAUGCGCGCCAUUUUCUCUCGUGUUGUAGUAGGAUGCUUGGUUUGGAGUACCAGUCGAAACGGGGCUAUAUCGGAUUGGAAUACUACGGGAGGACGAUUGGGGUUAAGAUUAUGCCAAGUGGGAUCCACAUGGGUCAGAUGGAGUCUGUGUUGAAGGAUUCGUGUAAACAAUCAAAGGUUCGAGAGCUUGAACAAGAAUAUGCAGGAAAAAUGGUGCUUCUUGGUGUUGAUGAUAUGGAUACGUUUAAAGGGGUGAAUCUUAAGGUUUUGGCAAUGGAACAGAUGCUCAAGUCUCAUCGUAGCUUGCUCGGGCAUGCGGUUUUAGUCCAAAUCUUGAAUCCGGCUCGUGGCAAAGGGCGGGAUGUGGCGGAGAUCGAGGCGGAGAUAAGAUCUAGCUCCGAAAGAAUCAAUCAAGAAUUAGGAACUCCGGGCUACAUGCCUAUUGUGCUUAUCGAUAAACCACUUAGUUUAUCCGAAAAGGCGGCGUAUUAUACCAUCUCUGAGGCUGCAAUAGUGACAGCUAUCCGCGAUGGUAUGAAUCUCACUCCAUACGAGUAUGUUGUUUGUAGGCAAGGGAUCUCGGGUUCCGAUGCUUCAAAUUCUCCCCAAAAGAGCAUGCUAGUGGUGUCGGAAUUUGUCGGGUGUUCACCUUCUUUAAGUGGUGCAAUACGGGUCAACCCAUGGGACGUGGAUGCAUCAGCGGAAGCUAUGUACGAGGCUAUCUCAAUUUCAGAUUUUGAAAAACAGAUGCGUCACGAAAAGCAUUAUAAAUACGUUAGCACCCACGAUGUCGCGUAUUGGGCACGCAGCUUCUUUCAAGAUUUGGAGAGAACUUGUGUUGACCAUUUCAGGAGUCGGUGUUGGGGUAUAGGAUUGAGCUUUGGAUUUAGAGUCGUGGCUCUUGACCCGAUGUUCAGAAAGUUGACCAGUGAUGUGAUUAUGGAUGCGUACGAACGUGCUCAAAAUCGCGCGAUCUUGUUGGACUAUGAUGGAACUGUCAUGCCACAAUCAUCAAUUGACAAACGUCCUAGUGCCGAGGUUAUUUCCAUUAUCAACAGACUAUGUAGUGAUCCUAAGAAUACAGUGUUUGUUGUCAGUGGACGAGGUAAAGAAGAUCUUGCCAAAUGGUUCGCUCCUUGUGAGAGGCUCGGCAUUGCAGCCGAACAUGGUUACUUUAUGAGGUGGUUAGCUGAUGAAGAUUGGCAAACACAUGCACAAAAUGCAAGCUUUGGAUGGAUGCAUAUGGCGGAGCCGGUAAUGAGAUUAUACACAGAAUCCACUGAUGGUUCUUCCAUUGAACGCAAAGAAAGUGCACUGGUUUGGCACUUUCAGGAUGCCGACACAGCUUUCGGCUCGGCCCAGGCUAAAGAAAUGUUAGAUCAUCUUGAAAGCGUGCUUGCUAACGAACCCGUGGUUGUAAAAAGCGGUCAAUACAUUAUAGAAGUCAAACCACAGGGUGUGACUAAAGGUUCGGUUGCACAGAAGAUCUUCGAGUCGAUGUUUAGAAAAGAAAGACGGGCCGAUUUUGUACUUUGUGUUGGGGACGAUAGAAGUGAUGAAGAUAUGUUUGUGAUGAUCGGUGAUUCAAUAAAAGCGGAUGUGAUCGUUAACAACAAAUCGGUGUUUGCGUGCACGGUCGGACAGAAACCGAGUAGAGCCGAGUACUAUUUGGAUGACACGGUGGAAGUUAUAAACAUGCUUGAGAAUCUUGGAGAUCUUUCAGGGUCAGAAGAUUCUGAUUCUUGAGAAUCUUGUUGAGGUAUCUGCUUUGCUGUGUACAUUCUGAUGAAGAAAGCAAAGGGGGUAAAGGUAAAGGGGGUUUUUAAUUAUAAAAAGAGGUUUAGUGGGCCUGUUUUGUUCUUUCAUUCCAUUAAUUGGAAAGAUGGAAGAUUGGAAAAUGGGGUAGUUGUUGGUACAAUGUGGACAUAAGCAGGGUAGUUGUUAAAGUGAUUUGACUUUGUUUUGGUCUGUGAAUGAACAGAUGAUGAACUACUCUUGUUAACUGGUCAUUUUGAUGCAAAUCUUGAUAAGAGUUGACCUUAGCUUCU